UGACUGUCUAUUAUUUGUGUAUGAAUAAGACCGUGUGUUUUUGAAAUUUCGCAUGUUUUAAUGUUCUGUGCAUAUACUAUUGACUAAUGAUGAGAAAAAUAAGAUUCUUCUAUCAGUAUGGGUCAAAAGAUCUUUACUUUUAGGAGCACAAGAAAUCAAGAAUGCAAAUUUUACUUUCUCGAGGGCUUAUGUGAUUUAAAAAGUUAUUUUUCAUGGCGUGAAUAAGUAAAAAAAUAAAAUUAAUAUGGUUGAGAGGAGUUGUGGGGCAGACUUGUGUUAGUUGGAUUAGGGGCCUCAAUGACAGGAUGUUUUCUCCUACAGUGUUUGGAUUGAUUUGGUGAUAGAAGUCGGAUGGCUUCAUAUUGCAGUUCUUUAGAGACCACUGACUACCCCACUACUAAAUUUUUGGUAUGCAAACAACUGCUUAGCUUCCUUUUAAGUUGUUGCAUGAACUUCAUAGGAAUUAAAGCUUGAAAAUUCAGUACCCAGGCUGUAAAAAUAUGCCUGUCACUUUCCCAUGCUAUGUAAUGUCUGAUUGUGCAGUGCUCAUUUAGUAGGCUUAUUUGUAGUAAUAAGGAUUCUUUCCCUUUGGUGGGAUAUUGAUUCUUGAUAUGCCAGCAGAGGACCAUGUUAACAACUGAGUGCUCAUUGCCUUUUUAUCCCAAGGUAUCACAAUCCUUUCAAUUUUGCCUACCUAAAUUGUAUUUCUUGCAUUCCUUAUGCUGUACACAAGGAUGUUAAUGGUUGAUAUGUUCCAUAUUAGAACAUAAUAUAAUAUUGUGUCAUCACUGCAUCAGUGGAAUUGAUAGUGAGACACUGAAAAUCAGGGUCUCAUCUUACUCUUAUCAAAUCCUCACUUUGCAUGCAUGGGAUUUUGGAUAGUUUGAGAAGCCAUUUUUGUCAAGUAUAAGCAUAAGGAAUUCUUCGUUAUCCCUCACCAUACCCAAUGGUCCGGCAAAUAUACCCUCCUCGCCCACCGAUAGGUGUAGGCAUUGUUCCUCCCUUGAUGCGCCCGCCAGUUCCUGUCAUUCGUGGUCCAAUCAUUCCUCCUGUUAUUAGGCCGGCUCCCUCUCCACUUGUUACACAAACAGAGAAAACUCAUAUAACAGUUUAUGUUGGCAAGAUAUCUCCAACUGUAGAAAAUGAUUUCAUGCUUUCUCUAUUGCAGCUCUGUGGGCCUGUAAAAAGUUGGAAGCGUGUUCAAGAUCCUACAAAUGGAACAUUAAAAGGUUUCGGAUUGUGUGAAUUUGAGUCUGCUGAAGGUGUUCUUCGUGCAUUGCGAUUGCUUAGCAAAUUAAGUAUUGAUGGGCAAGAAUUGAUGUUGAAUGUCAAUCAAGCAACUAAGAAAUAUCUUGAACAAUAUGUUAAAAAGAAAAUAGAAAGCUCAACUAAACCCAAAGAUCAGGAGGAUACUGGAGGGGCUGACAAAGGGGAAGAAAAUGUGUCAGAUGCUGAAAAAAGUGAAGCUUCAAAGACCGCCUCAGAACACCCAGAGCCCACCCCAGAAGACUCAAAUAAAGAUAAUGAGAAGGAAAAUAAAGAAAACCAUGAUACCAGCACCUUUGGCCUUGUUACUGAUGAAGAUAGGCAAGCUGACCAGGAGGCCUCGGAGAAGCUUACAGACAUGAUAAAGGAAAGGAUAAAGAAUAAACCAUUGCCGCCACCACCUCCGCCCCCUCAGUUAUUACCUACUGAUGCUGGUGGCAACUUGAAUGUGGAAAACCAUUCUAGGUCAAAAGAUGGGGAAUCAGAUGCAGAUGCAGUAAAAAAUGAAGUAAAAAAUGAAGAUGACUUGACAAGCGAAAGUAAGCCAUCAAGUGAGCAUGAUAGAGAAGGAACAAGCUCUCCUGAUCGUAGAAGGCAUGAUAGGAGCAGUAGAGACCGGGACCGAGACAUAAAGAGGGAGAAGGAAAGAGAGCUUGAAAGAUAUGAGAGAGAACGGGAGCAAGAGCGGGCUAAGAGAGAAAAGGAGAGAGAGUACAAAAUUCGGGACGAUGAGCGUAGGUAUAAGGUACGAGAAAAGGAAUGGGAGUCUAGAGAAAGGGAGAAAGAGCAUUGGAGGAAAAGAGAGCGGGAAAGAGAGAAAGAAAGGGCACAUGAGCGCAAGUUGGAAAUAAUGGAACAAGAACAUGAUGGUGAUGAUGGUUACAAAAGGAGGAAAUACAGAAGUAGUGAUGAGGAGAGAAAAAGGAGACACAGAGAAAAAGAAGAUGACUUGGCCGACAGAUUGAAAGAAGAAGAAGAGAUUGCUGAGGCUAAACAGAGGGAUGAUGAACAACAGCGAAAGAAAGAGCAAGAGGAGGCAUUAAGAAUCCUAUCUGGUCAUGUAGCUAAUGGACAUGACAGGGCUGUUUCACCUGAGAAAAACAAUCGCGAAGAUAAGAGUGUUGUGAUCACUUCUGAUCUGAAUUUGAGUCACAGUGAAGCACUUGCACAUAAUAGUAUUGGUGAUGAAUCAAUGUGGGCAGCUACUGCUGCAUCAGAUACAAGGCAAAAUAGCAAUGCCCCAGCUAAAAAGUUGGGAUUUGGCCUACAAGGGUCAGGAAAAAGAGCUGCUGUUCCUUCAGUAUUUAAUGAGGAUGAGGAUGAGGACAUGCAAAAAGAGAAGAAAAUGAGACCACUUGUUCCAAUUGAUUACUCAAUAGAAGAGCCGGUUGUCCAUCCUUCCAUUUCUGAAGCACCCUAUUUGAUCUCAACUACAGCAAUAGAAACUGCAAAACGUAUUUCUAAUGUUAACUCUAAAGAGGAUAGGCUGGAUGCAGAAAAGGAUAGAAGCAGAAGGUCUCAUGAAAGAUCUAGUCAUCGGGAACGUGAAAGGCAUGAUGAAGAGAGCCGAAAGGAAAAUGUUGACCAUGACCGAGCUCGGGAACAUAGGCCUGAAAAAACGCGGACUCCAGAUAAUCAGAAGCUUUUAGAUGCAAAACAACUGAUCGAUAUGAUUCCAAAGACUAAAAAUGAGUUGUUUUCGUACGAGAUAAAUUGGGCUAUCUAUGACAAGAAUGAACUGCAUGAGAGAAUGAGGCCAUGGAUUGCUAAGAAGAUUACAGAAUUUCUGGGAGAGGAGGAACCCACAUUGGUAGACUAUAUAGUCUCCAGCACUCAAGAACACGUGAAGGCGGCUGAGAUGCUGGAGAGACUGCAAGCAAUAUUAGAUGAAGAAGCCGAAAUGUUUGUUUUGAAGAUGUGGAGGAUGCUCAUCUUUGAAGUCAAGAAAGUUGAAACUGGUUUGGCUUCCAGGUCUAAGUCUUAAUUUUGUUUCCUGUUUAUUUUCAUAUCAUGUUUGUUGUCUUGGAGCCAUAUCUCUGUGUACUAGUAUUUUCCUUUCUUUUUUGCCCCCUUGACUCCUGGAAAAUCACAUUGCUACAGGACCUAAAUGAUGGAAAACACAAUAAUACUUGCUCAUUUGGUAUCCA